ACAGUCUCUCCCACAAUUGAACUACCUUCUUGAACAUAAAAAUUCUGAAUCCUGAAAUUGAUCCGGGUCUAUAUAUCGAUCGACAAUCGUUCAAUCAGAUGUCUAGCCCUUGUUGUAUGCCAAUGCCUUCUCGGCACCCUCCCUUCCCACCGAUGGACAAGCCAAAGAUAGUAGAGAAAGAACCGGCGUCACCACAACACCAUCCUAGUCCUAACCUCGUCUUCGAUGCCUCGAUUCUUCAAAACCAACCGAAUACGUCACAGUUCGUAUGGCCAGAUGAAGAGAAGCCAAAACUAUCUUCCGAAACCAUGGAACUUGAAGUCCCCGUCAUCGACUUGAGAGCUUUCCUCUCAGGAGACCUCAUUUCCGCAUCCGAAGCAACUCCCCUUGUCAAUGAGGCCUGCAAGAAACACGGCUUCUUCAUCAUAGUCAACCACGGGAUCGACCGCGGCCUCGUAGAAAGGGCUGGGGAGUUAAUGGAGAUCUUCUUUGGGAUGGAGCUGUCUCAGAAGGAAAGAGCCCAAAGAAAGAUAGGUGAUCACUGUGGUUAUGCCAGUAGCUUUACGGGGAGGUUCUCCUCGAAGCUCCCCUGGAAAGAGACCCUUUCUUUUCAGUAUUCCGCUGAUGAUAAUCGGUCUAUGAAGACCGUUGAGGAGUACUUCUUGAAUGUUAUGGGCGAAGAAUUUCAGUACUUCGGGGAGGUGUACCAGGAAUACUGUGAAGCAAUGGGCAAUCUCUCCCUAGAGAUAAUGGAGCUCUUGGGGAUGAGCCUAGGAGUCGGAAGAGCGCAUUUUAAGGAAUUUUUCGAAGAGAAUGACUCGAUAAUGAGAUUGAAUUACUAUCCACCAUGUCAGCAACCCGAUCUAACUCUUGGGACUGGCCCUCACUGUGACCCCACUUCCCUCACUAUCCUUCACCAGGACCAAGUUGGAGGCCUCCAAGUCCUCGUCGAUGACAAAUGGCACUCCGUUAGCCCGAACCCUGAUGCAUUUGUAGUUAACAUCGGCGAUACAUUUACGGCACUCUCAAACGGCACAUACAAGAGCUGCUUGCACAGGGCAGUCGUGAAUAGCCGAACAGCGAGAAAAUCCCUUGCCUUUUUUCUGUGCCCACGAAUGGAUAAAAUCGUGGCACCACCAGUUGAGUUGUUAAACUCAAGUGAUAGACAGUAUCCGGAUUUCACAUGGCGUACAUUCCUGGAGUUCACCCAGAAACAUUAUCGAGCCGACGGGAAAACCCUCAAUGCCUUCUCGAACUGGCUUCAACGGAAGGACAAUAAUUAGCCGGCAAGAAGAAGGAAGGAAAGGAUCUCAGUGCUAAGUUUCACUUAUAUAUGUAUAUAAGGCAGAUGAUGAGGUGUUGAAGUACCCUCUCAAAUCAAAAUUAUCCUUUCUGUUUAAUUUACAUCAUAAAUUAGACAACAACCUUCUCUCGUGCCUCUUCUCGUCGGCCUUGAUUUGUAUGUUUGUAUAUUCUUAUCCAUAGCAUGCGUAUAUUAUCAUUCUCAUACCAGUUUACUCA